AUGGAACCUGAUGUGGCAUGUGAACUUUGGAAUGCUGCGCCAAAACAAAACUUAAAGUUUUCAACCUAUGUUGGGGAUGACGAUACUACCACACUUAGCCACCUAAAUCAGAAUGUGCCAUAUGGGGUCGAGAAAUGGUCCGACAUUGAGCAUGCUAAAUGGUAAUUUUUACGAGUACAAAUUAUUGUUAAUGGACGAUACUCAAUGCGCUAGACCUAAAAAUUAUAGAUUUAAAAUGUCUAUGCUAAGCCAACUCGAAAGCUACUAUUGUCUAAACAAAGGAAGACUCUAUCACAGACUUUCAUUAUUUGCUUGCCAAACCCGUAGGCUACUGCACCCAGUAUCGUUUAUUAAUUAUUGUCCAAACCACUAUGUUUGACCUAUUCAUAACUAUGACAAUGAAACUAUAGUUAAACAUGGGCAGAUAUCCGAGUUAGCUUUAUCUGCCUAUAUCAUUCUUACUUGGAUUGCGAGCUGUAAAGACUGAUUUAAAGAGUCACCCACCAACCACCCCAUGCUCCAGCCCCUUCCCUGAUGUAACGAGAUGGUACAAGAUGGUACUUGGAAGUAAUUACGGUAUGUUAUGGGCCCGCCUAGGGAGUCAUAUUGAAUUCUCGGAAACAUUGAACUAUAUUUAGAUCUAUAUAUAAAUAUUAUCUUCGUUGGAUAUUAAACGCUUAUCGACAUUCACUAGACUGUUAUAUCAAUGUUAUUAUGUAUUUAAUAAAAUAAUAAAUAAAGAAUGAAGUGUUUGAGGCAAUUGCUCUAGUAUGAGGUCGCAAUUUUACCAUAGACCUCACGUUUUCUUUACGGAAUUUGGCAACCUGGCAUACAGCCAAUUCCCAUUUACAAAAAUCACUCUAUUUCUGCAUAUGAGUAUAUGUGCUGAGCCAGAUCAGUGUUCUAAGAAAUAUUUCCCUGAUCAUUUUUUCCCAGGGCCCAGCUCAGAGUAUAUGUCUUGCAGGGCAUGCUAGGAUCCAGCUCUAAAUGGAGUAUAUGUUCUAGCCGACUUAGGACCCAGCUCAAAAUCUGUAAAAGUAUAUGUCUUGGGCAGAUUAGGACCCAGCUGCAAAUCAGUAUAUGUCCUAAUCGACUUUCCCCAAGAUCCAGCUUUUCAAUACGAGUAUAUGCCCUGGGAACCGCUCAGCACCCAGCUCUUCGCAGAUAAAAAAUACAGUAUAUAGAGCAGUUGUCCCACACUUCCAUAACCCCACAAACCUUGUGUUCUUAUGCGUGUCGUUAUAUUAAAUAUCUCAAUAUAUAUAUAUAUAUAUAUAUUUAUUAAACGGUGAGGACAUUAAACGUUCAUUAACAACAAGAUUAUAUAAUCUUUCUAGCCGCUGUAAAUUCCCAAAUUCAUCUACUCUGAGUCAGAAUGUGAUCAACUAUCUGGCAAAAUGCUUUUCGUAUUGCAUAGCCCAAAAUAAAGAUGUGGAAAGUUUACAGAAAGCAUUAAAAUGCAUAGUUCCAUAUGCAUUUGGUGACCACAAAAAUUGUAAAGAAACAUGGUGUGGUUUCAAGAAGGAACCUUUGACAUAUAAACACAAGGAUCUCCCACAUCAUAAAGAUUUGCAAGAUGAACAGUUAAAAAGUGCACUUACUUCUUUACUUGAUGAAUAUACAACUGAAACUGUUGUUAAGAAACUUGUACCAUUUGCAAAUUCCCAACGUAAUGAAGCACUCAAUAGCAUCGUAGGAAGCAAAAACCCCAAAAUAAGGUUUUACGGUAGUAGUGAGAGCAGUGACUUUCGGGUUGCUUGUGCUGUAGCACAAAAGAACAUCGGGUAUAGUUACAUCGACAGUACACUAAACCAUCUUGGUAUAGAGCCAGGGAAUAUCUGUAUCACACACAACAGUAAACUAGACAAAAAAAGGGAGAAAGAUAAUUACCGCAAAUCAUUAAAAACCUGCAAAGUAAGACGUCAUCUCCUUCAAAAUGAACGGAUAACAAAAAAUACCAAAAAUGAAGUUAAAGAAGGCAAAACAUAUGAAACUGGUAUUGGUCUUAAUUUGUCAACAGAAAACACACCAGGGCUUGCAAAUAUUGAAUCAAAUGCAAAUGAUCACAAGUUGGAAAAGUUAUUCAAAACAAUUACUAAAAAACAAUGUGAGGAAUUUGACAAGCUUGUUCCACAUUGUAUGGAAAGGCCGCAGGUAGUAUAUAAAACUUACAGCCAAACAAUGCCCUACCAGUUUAUAAUAUUUGACUUGGAGACUUCAGACACUGGUUCAAAGGCAGAAAUAUGUCAACUAUCUGCGAUCACUCAAACUGGUUCCAUGUACUCCUCUUACAUUAUGCCUAAAAAUAACAUAAGUCCUGGGGCAUCUAGAGUAAAUGAUCUUACCGUUGAAAAUAUAAAUGGAACAAGAUCAUUGUGUAAAAACUCUGUUCCUGUUGCAGCAACGUCCCUUGAAAACGCCUUGUCAAGCUUCAUCAAAUUUAUACAACAAGUUUGUUCCAUCAAUUCCUGCGGUACUCAAUCUAUACCAGUUCUUAUUGGCCACAAUGCAGCUGUCUUUGACGUUCCAGUACUUUUACGAAAUUCGGGGAAAUUAUACGAUGAACAGCUUGAUCAGAUCAAUGUCAAUUUUGGUGACAGCUUACCACUUACCAAGUCUUUAAUUCAAAGCCAGCAUGCCCCUCUGAAGUUAACAAAUGGAGAUUACUGUCGUGCAAAUAUAAGUAGUGUUUAUCAGUGCUUGUUUAAAGACGAGUUCAACGCCCAUGAUGCCUUAGAGGAUGUCAAAGCUCUUCGAAAGAUAUUAUUCAGUUCUGAACUAGCAAUUGACAUCAGAACUAUAGUCAACGGCAGCCAAAUACAAACAGUUCGUGAUGCGAGAAUGGACUUGGAUUACAUAGACAAACGACUCGAGCUUUUCCAAACGUUUGUAGGAGGUUUAUAUUGUCCACAAGCAAGUGAAAGUCCAAUCACACGCAGCAUGACUUUAAAAAUCGCUGGUUCUGGCUUGUCUUACAAAAACCUUUGUUGUUUGUACCAAACAUUCGGUGAUGCUGGCGUCGUUGGAAUAUUAUCAAGAGUGCAUUAUUGUCAACAACAACCAAAGUGUAUGCGAUCCGGUGACAAGAAACCACGAGUAACGAAUCAUAAAAGGAUUCUCAAAAACAUUUUACUGCACUUUGAAUCGAAGUACGGAUAUAAAACUCACGAUCAAGAACAACAAUAA